CCUCUUUUUCUGUCGUUCUAUCAUUGUCACUGUCGUAAAAGAAGCAUGUCUUCAAUUUUAAGAACUUCAAAAUUUGUUAGAUACAUUGCUGGCUUCGCAAGAAGUAUUGUUGUGAAUACUCCCAGAGAAUUCGAUGGCAAUUUUGUUAACAAUUCACAAUGCGUUUGUGGAGUUUUAUCGAGCAAUUUUGCGACACAAUCUACUUUAGUAGACCAUAACUUAGAAAGUAGUUUAAGAAGAAUCGAUCAUGAUGUUAGAAGAUCGGGCAGAAUUUCGAGAAGAGACAUUGAAGAUGUCUUGGAAGAAAUUCGAUUAGCGAGGUCAGCUACCAGUUCGCAAUCACUGUUGAUGAUAAGAUGUUGCGGUAACUUGGUUCCCGAAGAGUUGCCCGACACGAGAACAAAAUUGGUUCAGGAGAUAUGGAACACCCUCAAGAAACUUGGUGUCCCGAUGGAUGUUUCACAUUACAAUGCUCUCCUCAGAGUAUACUUAGAGAACGAACAUCCUUUUUCCCCUACAGACUUUUUGAGCGAACUGGAAAGCAACGGCAUAGAACCUAAUAGAGUCACUUAUCAAAGGCUAAUCGCUCGUUACUGUCAAGAUGGUGAUAUUGAAGGGGCUACCAAAAUACUGGAAUAUAUGAGAGAGAAACAGAUGUCUGUUAACGAGAAUGUUUUCAAUGCUCUGAUCGUUGGACAUUCCAAAUCAGGGUAA